AUGAUGCAGCUACUCAAUCUUUUUGCCGUUUAUUACCUGUUCGGAGCUGCCCGCGCCUCACCUCGUCCACAGGGAGGUGCGUUGUGCACUGGAGUCCCCUACGGCUAUGGGUAUGGCGGAGGCUGCGGUUUCAGCAACACCACAGCGGCAGUCUCGCCUGCAAGCACGAAUUCGACCUCGACCUCGACCUCGAUCUCGACAUCGAAAACGUCCAGCUCCAUCGCUACCGCAGUCGGUCCCAUCACCAGUCCAACAUCGCCCAUCACCGUGGUCUCUGCCAGAAGCGGUUCUCCUAUUCACUUCCUCCGAAUGAAUGCUCGCGGCUUGCGCUUCUGGCUUGGAGGGGACACUCUUUCAUACUGCCCGGAGGAAGUGGAACAGAUCGACGCAUGCCCUCCUGGAAACGAAACGGUCUUUGGUCUCUGCAGCAUGGCUGUGCUUGUCCCUGGCGGUCAAUCGAUAUACAUGACUCCCACGGGUGAAAUAGCCUAUACCCAGGCACAUUCGACUUUCAUGCCCGCUGGAUCUGUGACAUGUCCGUUCACCUACAUCAAAGCUGCGCAAGCACCGUUCGGACUGUUGAGUACCUUGUCCGGUGGGUUCAUGGCAUGUCCUACCGAUGGAAAUACUUGGCAGGUCUUUGCAAGCCUGCAGAAUGCCACUGUUCCGCAAGGCAAUGUGUCGCAGUGUUUGGGAUUUGAUGCACUUGCUAUCGAUUCCACUGAGACUUAUGCUGCCUGGGAGUACACUUGA